CUGGUGUUUGCAUUGGCUAUUGAGUAUCAUAAUUUGUUCAUUCAGGAAAAUACAAUUAUGAGGUCUCAAGAUAUAAUAAUUGGAGGCUUUGGUAUUCUGAUCGAUGCCUAUUUUGCUAUUGUAAACAGUGCCUUUGUUAGAACCGACGGAUCGGUUACGUUUGACGGUGAUUUCUACAUUAUAAACUUCGAUAAGUCAAGUGUCGAAUUAGACAUGGGCGGAGAUUUAUUCUUGAAUUUUGCAAAUUUUACCCUUGACUCCUUAUUAGCCGAAUCCGAGCCUCGAGUUCUGAUUUACUAUACAAACGUAUUCAAUAAUGGUGAUAUGUUUUUUGGAGAUUCCGGAAAUCACUCCCGUGCCUUGAGUAUAAGAGCAAGCGAGAUAUUGUCUAACAAGGGCAUGAUGGUUUUCAAAAGAGCUUCUGGGGAUAAACUUCAAUUGAACUUGGGGUCAACAACACACCGACAUUCCAUUCUCAAAAAUUCCGGAUCCAUCUGCUUGUAUAACACUUCUUGGAAGAUACCUAAGAACAUCGAAAAGCAUGGCUGUAUUACUGUGGGCACUGGUUCGAUUUUAGACUUUCUGCUCAGGUAUUACGAUUACAUCAGUCCAUUUGACCAAAUUAUUUACUUGGAGUCUGACUCAGAAGUCAGAAUUUCUGGAUUGAAAUCGCCCUUGGCUACUAUUCCCUCAAUCGAAGUUGUGGGUUGGAGUGAAGACAACAAGAUCAUACUUGAUACUGUUAUUGAAAGCACUGAAAAACUCGUGUAUUCUGAAGACACAGGCAUAUUAUCAAUUUUCGGGACAGCCGAGCCGAUCAUCACUCUAAACAUUGGCAAAGGGUAUUGGGGUGCUGCUUUUCGUUUGCUGCUGGAUGAUUAUGGCAGUACAUUGCAGUACUGGAUGAGUGUUUUGGGAGCAAGCCGCCCAUCCAAAUGCAGAUGUGUAACUGAGUUUCCUAAAGUGCCCACUACGCGUCCCUCCUCUUAGUCUUUGACAAUUGGGAGCAUUUCUGGUUUUCCCAGCGAUAAUAUCAACGUUGAUGAUACCAACUACUGAGUCCCAGAGGUUAUUUUUUUGUUAUAUUUUAUUUGUUCUUUUGUUGUCUUUGCGAACAAGGUACUUCGCACUUGUGUUGAAAAAAGAUACGAAUCGUUGUUACUAGGUGCGUAGUUAAGAAAAAAUUUUACCGCUGCUG